CGAUAUCGCCGGCCGUCUUUGACAGUCAUCACUCAACCACCACAUCCCACCGGGUUUGAUAACCGACCAUAGUAUUCGUCGCUCCAUUGACCCAGAACAGCACAUCACAUCAAACCACCACAUACCUCCCUCGAACCCAGACACAGACGCAAUGACUGUCGACGCCGUAACCCCCCAACAAAUAACAGUCGGCGUCCUAGCCCUCCAAGGCGGCGUAAUCGAGCACAUCUCCCUCCUCCAAAAAGCAGCUACCCAACUAUCGUCACAAUCAACAGAAUCCCCGACACCAACACCACAAUUCACCUUCAUCCAAGUCCGCACUACCGCCCAACUCUCGCAAUGCGACGCCCUUAUUCUCCCGGGAGGAGAAAGCACCACCAUGGCUAUUGUUGCCAGACGCCUGGGGUUGCUUGACCCGCUACGGGAAUUUGUCAAAGUCCAACGCAAACCAACAUGGGGCACCUGCGCCGGCCUAGUCAUGCUCGCCUCCGCCGCCUCAGCGACCAAACAAGGCGGACAAGAACUCAUCGGCGGGCUGGACGUCAAGGUGCUGCGGAACCGGUACGGCACGCAGAUCCAGAGUUUUGUGGGGGAUUUGCGGUUGCCUUUCCUAGAAGAGGAGAAGCCGUUCAGGGGCGUGUUUAUCCGCGCGCCGGUUGUGGAGGAGAUUAUCACAUCCAGCUCUUCUGCCUCGGAAAAGCAGAGGGCAGAGCAGGUUGAGAUCUUGGGCACUUACCCAAAGCCGCAAGGGACGGGAAAAGGAGAAGAUAUCGUUGCUGUGCGCCAGGGGAACGUUUUCGGAACGAGUUUCCAUCCGGAACUUACGGACGAUGUGAGGAUACAUGUUUGGUGGUUGAAGCAAGUUGUUGAGGAGUUGAGGUCAGGGAGGGGGGAGGGUGUUCAGCUUCAGUCGUAACCCUCAGAGGGGACUUUUUAAUCUGACUGGGGUGGUUGAAGCAGGUUGAGGUGACCUAGUGACCGCUGUGAUAAUAUCUCAACGCUCAUUUGGAAGCUGGAAGCUGAACAGCUCUGCAAUGGGUUGUGUAGAGUCGGGAGAAAUUGGUCCACGACGGCAACAUAUCAGCAUCGAUCAAGAACGCAGAGUAAAUGAAGGGGCUGGCAGGAUUCGAAUUUGAUC